AUGGCUGCACAAAUACCAGGAUCUGAUCAGAUAAAACAGUGUAAGAAAAUUCUUGGAGCCUACAAUAAAUUUACAGAAACCUCCUUUUUGGACAGUGUUACAGACCACACAACAAAAGAAGUAAAACCUGAUGAGACCACCUUUCAGGAAUAUCGCAUGCAGCAGAACAAAGGUGUGGCAGCCAAAGCAGGACUCUUGGCCAACCAUGAUAAAGAAGUCCUGGGAUGGACUUUAAAGAGAAGAUUGCCAACAGCUACUGCUCUGGAAAUGAGGAUUCAUCUCAUCUCUAGAAAUGCUUAG